AUGACAGCCUUAGUAGCCUUUAACUGCCUGCGAAAAUUAACCGUCGGUGGAUUCUCCGGAGAGCUGCAAGAACUCCCCAAUCUGAAUUCCAUCCAACAUCUCAGUCACUCCCUUCAAGUUUUGCAUCUGAUCGGACGGAGAAAGCUUAAGUCUGUCCCUCACCAACUUCAACUCCUCACCGGCCUCGAGGAAUUGACGAUAGACAAGUUUGAAGGAAUGGAAGCCUUGCCGGAGUGGUUGGGAAAUAUCUAUUCUCUAAAGCUUAUGCAACUCAUUUCAUGCCAUAAUAUCAUGUAUCUGCCUUCUGUCGAUGUUAUGCGAAGCAUACCCAAUUUAGAAAGAUUUUGUACUAUAAGAUGUCCUAAGUUAGAGACAAAAUGCGCCAAGGGGAGUGGCCCUGAGAGGUCCAAGAUUUGCCGCAUUCCAGAAACAAAUAUUACAGGUCGCUUGUUAUAUAUCUGA